AGCGGCAACAUAUUCCUGCUUGACUACAAGAACCUGGAUGGAUUAAAGGCAAACGUGAUCCAUACGAAAAAAACAGUACAUGGCGGCUCCUCUGGUUCUGCUCUACAGAACCCCUGAUGACAAGCUGGUUCCCAUCGCCAUCCAGCUGAAACAGAAGCCUGCAAAAGACAACCCAAUCUUCCUUCCUACUGACUCUGAGUAUGACUGGCUCCUGGCCAAGAUCUUUGUGAGGAGCGCUGAUUUUCAAGAGCACCAGCUCAACGUCCACCUGCUGCGCACUCACCUCCUGGCUGAGGUGUUCGCUGUAGCACUGCUGCGCAACAUGCCCAUGGUGCACCCCCUCUACAAGCUUCUGAUUCCACACACCCGCUACACCCUCCAGAUCAACCUCUUGGCCCGGGCAUUUCUAAUAGCUGAUGAAGGAGUUUUCCCUCAGUUUGCUGCUUCGGGCGGAGAGGGGAUGAUUGAGAUCCUGAGGAGAUCUGUGGCCUCAUUGACCUACAGCUCCCUCUGUAUGCCGGAAGACAUCACUGCACGAGGUCUGGAGUCAGUCCCCAACAACUACUACAGGGAUGAUGGACUCAAGCUGUGGGACAUCAUCCACAGGUUUGUAGAGGGAGUGAUUUGUUUCUAUUACAAGAGUGACUCAGAGGUCCGUGAAGACCAGGAACUACAGAACUGGAUCAAGGAUAUCUUUGACCAUGGCUUCCUGGCCCAAGAAUGCACAGGAAUCCCUCAGUCUUUCUCUACUGUGCCAGAGGUCGUCAAGUUCGUCACCGUGGUGAUCUUCACCUGCUCAGGCCAGCAUUCUGCUGUCAACUCUGGACAGUAUGACUAUGGUGGCUGGAUGCCCAACACCCCCAUCUCCCUGCAACAGCCACCUCCCACCACUAAGGGGCAGUCUACUGAGAGCACCAUGCUGGAGACCUUCCCAGAUGUCGGCACAACAGCACAGGGGAUGUCCACUAUGUGGCUCCUUAGCAAGCAAUCCAGUGACUUUUUGGCUCUUGGCCAGUACCCAGAGGAGCACUUCAACGAGAUACCACCCUGCAGGAUGAUUCAGAAAUUCCAGAUGGAGCUGAAGGUCUUCAGCGAGUCCGUCAAGGCCAGGAACUCUGGACUACCAAUUCCAUACACCUACAUGGACCCUGCUUUGGUGGAGAACAGCGUGGCCAUUUAGAUAAGCCAAGGGCCUAGACCAGGGUCUAGUUCAUUAGGCACUAAUUGGAAGAAAACUGAGGAACUACCUUAUUUUUGUUGUCCUUUGUUUAGCGCUUAAAAACAUUUAGCAUUGCGUGCCCUGAUGAACACGACCCAAUGAUUCUGGAGGCAUGCAAUUAUAAACAUUCUCAAAUCUACAAAAUGUAUUGAGUAUGUCAAUUUUUGGAGCUUUGCUAAACUAAUGUCCCACUUCAAUCAGAUAAAGGGAAAUUGCACUGUGUGUUCAGGCAGAAUGUUAUCGCUGUAUCAGAAGUGUUAACUGUUAAACCAACACACACCGCCAUAUGGUGCCCCUCUCACAGACUAAGAACACUUGUUGAUGUUAUUAUUACAUUUGUACAUGUUAAUGGAUGUUAAGAAAUAAAGGGUCUUUCUGACGGA